CUAACAAAGAUAUUUUUGCGACUAUUGCUAAAUGUAAGCUAGGCAAAGUCUUCUUCUAUCUCUACGUCUCUCGCUUUCGCUCUGCUUAGACCAGACAAUGCUAAAACCCUCAUUUCCGUCACCUUCAAUAUCAGCUCUCUCUCAUUGGGCACGCGUUUCUCCUCUCUUUUACUCCACUAUAUAAACAAGGUCAAUGCAUGAAGGGAUUACCAAGUGUAUUCAAAAGUGACUGAUCCGGUUACUUUAGCAAUGACAUUCUGUCCUUCCACAAGAAAAUUAUUGAAUAUUAGCACAAAUAAAUGGAUUGUUUCAUUUUGUUAGAGUGGAGACAGUCCAAAAAUUUUGAGAUAGCACUAUAAUACCUGAGUCAUAGUUCAAGACAACUGAAUCCCAACCAACUGAAUGGCUUUGACUGACAUUUUCGUGCUUAAUUGGUCAAGCCAAGUGAGCAGCUGGGGAGAGUUGUCAUAAUUGCUAAAACAAUACUAAAGGGCUUAUUUCUGUUGCCCUUAGAGAUAGUGGUAUUCUGUCUCCUGGCAUGAUGAAAUGAGCAAGCUAUAGCAUAUUUUUGCAAUUGAAACUGCAAAAUUUGAAUUUUUCUUAUGCCCGACUCUUUGUUGACCAUAUGCUAGUUUGUAACUUAUAGUUAAUUGUGAAGAGAGAGAGCACUUAGAAAAGCUUGAAAAAGCACGACACAUGCAGCCCUCUUACGAUUUAUGAAAGUUCCUAGCGGUUUAUGGAGUGGGGUGUAAAGUUAUCCUGUUUGUGCUGGUUUGGCUGUAAAAAUUGGAUAUAUAUUCCGUGCUUGUGGUGACAAUUCUUUUAUGUGAUAUUGGGAAAGAUAAUUUAGUGCCACCUGUUGUCAUAGAAGUAGCGAUUUUCUUUUGAGUGGAAGACACUAUAUUUACAUGCCAAAAUAGUUGACAUUUUCGCCUGGUAUUUCUGAGGAAUUGAUUCAGGGUGGGCGUGCACAGCUAAGAGAUGACUUUUGUUUGUAACAUUUGACUGGUGAUCGACUAUACUGCUUUUGAUCAAAGUGAAGCUAGACAUUCUUCUGUAAAGUGAUGAGUGGAAGUAGCAGAAAACGCAAUUCUAAAUGGGAUAUGAAGGAAGAGUCCCAACAUUCACAUGAAAAUGUACCAGACAAUUCUUGGCCUCGGAAGGCGGGUGUAUCUUUUCAUGACAAAAAAUCACGGUCUGGAUGGUUUUCCCCCAAGGGUGGUGGCUAUAAUAGUGGCCAUAAGUGGUCAACAAGGGAAGAUGACAUGCUGAAAUCAACUCGGGAUUCACUAUUGCCAUCUAGGGAACCAUUGCCUGGAAGCAGAGGUUCACGGAAGGGGGAUUGCAUCGAUGAUUAUCAAGAAAGUUUCAGACCCACAACCGCAUGGGAUGGAGAAGGGAGCUACAGCAUGAAAAUGUCUCCUGGCCUUGAUGAUUGGAGACAACAAAUUCGUCACCACUCUCCAAGAAGUGAUUGGGAUGGACCUCACAGAAGUAGAAGCCGCAGCCGGAGCAGGAGCCGUAGCCGAAGUUGGAAUCGGAGCAGAAGCCCAGUUCGUGGAUUUAGGCAAGAAUCGGACAUCUAUGUCAGAAACCAGGAAAGAUCAGAUGUAUCAGCUCAAUUAUGUAAAGAUUUUGCUGCUGGGAGAUGUAAGAGAGGAAAUAAUUGUCCCUUUUCUCAUCAUAGUAGUGAAAGUUAUGAGGAGAGUAGAGAAAGUAGACAUAGGAAAGCUGGAGCUCCAAAGUAUUCCAUUCCCCACGAAUCUAGGGAGUAUCCAAUGAGGAGUGGAAGAAACAGGGAUGCAUCACUGGAGUGGGGAGGUGACCAUAAUUCCCGCAAGAAUGGUGAUAUUCCCUGCAAAUUCUUUGCUGUGGGAAAAUGUCGCAAUGGAAAAUAUUGCAGGUUUUCUCAUAGUGUUCAGGCACAUGCAAGUCCUAACAGAAGAUCAAGGGAUGACAAUUCAUUCCAGCGGAGCCAUAAUUUAGAUGACACUGAUAAAUUAUGGAAUGGUCGAACAUGGAGUGACACAAACACUUUCACUGAUGCUGCAAAGUUGAGUGAUCAAAAAAUUGAAAGGAUGGGUAACAGAAGGGAAAGGGAUGAUAAGUGGUCACGAAGCCAUAAUUCAGAUGAUGUGGAGAGAGUACCGGAUGAUCUAAAAUGGGCUGGUAAAGAUAAACCAACAGAUACUACAAAAUUGAUAGAGGAUUGCAAUGAAAGAAUAGGAUCCCUUGAACCAAGGUUCUCUGCUUGGUCUACUGAAGGUAAAUGGCCUCACAGCUUGGAUGAGAAUGCAGCACGUGCUGGCCAAACAGCAGUAAGUCAUGGAGCAGUUGAGAGCAACAAUAUGGAAGCCCUUCAAUGUAAGCAGAAAAAUUCUAGUGCUGAUGUGGUAGUUUCUGAAUCUGGAGGUACUGAAAAUUGGAUUGGCGAUAUGGAGAUGUCUCCUGAGUGGAAUUAUAGAGUGCCGCCUUCCAACCAUGCUCUAAAAGUAGAGCAUGGUCAUAGUACUCAUAGUUCACAAUCUCUAGCUCUUGGCAAUACCUCUGUACUCAGUCGUGAACAGGAACUAAGUCGUGAAACUUCUGGUCAGUUGCAUGAUGCAGCUUCGUCUAUGCAGCUGAAGAUAAUUGAAGAGCCUUAUUUCAAGCAUGACCAUAAUCAGAGAGAAGGUGGUGGUGUUGCUUUGCCUGGCAGUGAUAAGAAUGCUAUUGGAAGAACUGCUACUUCACACAUUGAUCUAAAUUUUUCUGCCGACCUCUUGCCAGCCCAAAGCUUUGAUCAGAAUGGCCAGAUUCCAAGUGCUUUACCUUUCUCGAGCUUAAAUUCCUUUGGACAAAGUCAAGGUGCAAUCACUUCUGAAACUUCUGGUGGAGGAAAUAUAAAAACUCCUCAAACUCACUCACUGUUUCCAGAGGAAAAAUCAAUCAACAAAAUGGACAUUGUGGAUACAAGUGCAUCACGGGUUAGUUCUGGAAUCAAGCCAACUAAAGAUGUGGUUGGCAGUGAACAGCUCACUAAGCUUUCGGCCUCUCUUGUUCAGUUUCUUGGAAAUCAGCAGCAGCUACCACAACUUUAUGCUGCUCUGAAUCCCACUAAUUUGGUACAAGUGUCAUCAUCUGUGAAUGCUGAAGGUUUAAUUAAACCAGACUCUGCUCUAACCAGUCAGCUGAAUGAAGCCAUUAAAUCCGAAUUGCAGUAUGAUCCUUUAUGUGAUAGCAUUGACUCCAAGAAGCACAAUGCUGUUAACCUCCCACCUUUUUCAAUAAAUUCUGUUGCACAGAAAAGCAUUGUGGAUGUAAAGGUGGAGAUUCCGAAUGGUGGUUCAGAAGAACCUUCUAACAAGAGCCAAACAUCAAAACUACUGGAACCUGAUGCAGAUUGCAGGGGUAUUAACAACAGUGGUGUAGUGGAGGCUGAAGAAAUGAAAAAAGCACAAGUAGAGAACCAGAUUCCACAAGAGAACAAUGGUGUCGAGAAAACAGAUGGUGAUGACAAGGAUAAUGAUGAAGGUAAGAAAAGGAAGGAUGCUAAGGAUAGCAAGGAAGCUAAAGGGAUUCGCACAUUCAAAUUUGCACUGGUGGAGUUUGUUAAGGAGAUCCUGAAACCCACAUGGAAAGAGGGUCAAGUUACCAAAGAUGCUUACAAAAACAUAGUGAAGAAAGUAGUCGAUAAAGUCACUGGUACAAUGCAAGAGUCUGCUAAUAUUCCUCAAACACAAGAAAAAAUUAACCAAUAUUUGGCAUUUUCGAAACCAAAGCUUAGCAAACUUGUUCAGGCGUACGUCGAAAAAUUUCAAAAGGGCUAAAUAAAUGGAGCCGGAAUUAUUGGGAAUGUCAUUUAUAUGAUUCUUCCAGUACUGAGCAAGCCACAGCCAAUGGUUUUCUGAGGCAAUUAGCUUCUGAACAACCUAUUUGUUUUUCCCAUUUAUGUAUUUUAGAUGUUGGAAACAAGGUUUGCCUAGUUCUCAACUCAUAUAUGUAGAUAUAUGGUAGCUUUUUAUCUUCUUGUUUCUUUUUAGUUUAAAAUUUGGCAUUUGCACGUUGCCAUAAUGAUUUUAUAUGGAGCUAUUUUAUGAUCAUUUGGUUAUAUGCUAACUUUUAACAUUUUUUUA